AUGGUUAAAGCAGUCGUUCUCGGAGCUGCUGGUGGUAUCGGCCAGCCUCUUUCUCUGCUCCUGAAAGCCAGCCCUCUGGUCGAUGAGCUCGGUCUUUACGAUGUGGUGAACACUCCUGGUGUUGCCGCAGAUCUCUCUCAUAUCUCCUCCAGAGCCAAGGUUUCUGGUUUCCUGCCAAAGGAUGAUGGCCUCAAGAAUGCCCUUACUGGCGCUGAUAUUGUCGUCAUCCCAGCCGGCAUUCCCCGAAAGCCGGGUAUGACCCGUGAUGACCUCUUCAAGGUCAACGCUGGCAUUGUCCAGACCCUGGUCAAGGGCAUCGCAGACUUUGCUCCCAAGGCCUUCAUCCUCAUCAUUUCCAACCCUGUCAACUCCACCGUCCCCAUUGCCGCAGAGGUCCUGAAGAAGGCGGGCGUCUUUGACCCCAAGCGCCUCUUUGGUGUUACUACCCUGGAUGUUGUUCGUGCCGAGACUUUCGUUCAGGAGUACAGUGGUCAGGCAGACCCAUCCCAGACUUUCAUCCCCGUUGUCGGUGGACACUCCGGAGAGACCAUUGUCCCUCUUUUCAGCAAGGCCAAGCCUUCUUUCCAGAUCCCUGCAGACAAGUACGAUGCUCUGGUGAACCGUGUCCAGUUUGGCGGUGACGAGGUCGUGAAGGCCAAGGAUGGUGCUGGUUCUGCCACCCUCUCCAUGGCCUAUGCUGGUUUCAGAUUUGCCGAGAGUGUCAUUAAGGCUCAGAAGGGCGAGAAGAACAUCCUAGAGCCUACUUACGUCUACCUGCCUGGUGUCCCUGGCGGUGAUGCUAUUGCCAAGGAGACUGGCGUUGAGUUCUUCUCCGUCCCCGUGGAAUUGGGAGCCAACGGUGCUGAGAAGGCUGUCAACAUCCUCGAGGGCGUCUCCGACCAGGAGAAGAAGCUGUUGGAGGCUGCCAUCAAGGGCCUCAAGGGCAACAUUGAGAAAGGCAUUGACUUCGUCAACAACCCUCCCCCAAAGUAA